AUGGCCACUUUAUUGUGGAGUAGCGUUUAUUUUUUCUUAAUUGCAGAAAUUAUCAUGCUUAUUAUUUUAUUAUUCCCAUUACCACCUUUUAUUGCUAGGAAGAUUCCAUUCUUCCUUCGUCAUGUGUUGAAGAAUAAAACUUUGUUUAUUGUUGUUCUUUCAAUCUUAACUCUUUGCUUCACUGAGUCUAUUAGAAGUCAAAUAAAAUGUUCUCGUGAAUUAGAUGAACUUGGAACUGAUGAUCCUCUUUUAAAUAAAGUAACAAUAAGCUUAAAUAAAUUCAGAAGUGAAAGAAAUAUGUAUUUGUCUGGAUUCUCAUUGUUUUUCAUUUUUGUUAUUUGGAGAGUUGGUGUUUUAUAUCAACAAAUUGACCAAAAAGCAGAAAAAGAGAAGUCAAGUAAAGUUGAAUCAAAGGAAACAAAACCAGUUGAAGAAACUGAACGUCCAAAGACUGAUUGA